UUUGGGCUUCUUGCAUAGAAGUUAGAUUUUAUCCCUUGACCAUGGCAUCUUCAGAGCACGACUAUUACGCCCUUUUGGGUGUAACAUAUGAAGCGACCGCUCAGGAGAUAAAGAAGGCAUAUCGAAAGAAUGCCUUAAAGUAUCAUCCCGACAAGGUCGGCGCAGAUAAUGAGCAAGCAGCGGAAAUGUUUCAUCUCCUUACCCUCGCAUCCGAUACUCUCGCCGAUCCAACCAAAAAAUCCGCCUACGACACCCUCCACAAAUCCCGCAUCGCCCAGAAACGAAAACUAGAGCAAAUGGACUCUCACCUCCGCAAAGCGCGUCAAGAUCUCAAUGACCGCGAACAAGCAGCGAAACGCGCCAAAGAUACGGCCUUUAUGGCGGCCGUGCAGCGUAAAAAUGAGAUUGAUCGAUUAAGGGAGGAAGGACAACGGAAAGUACAUGCAGCUGAGGAGCAACGGAGACAAAUGUUUACGGCAAAAGUGGACGCUGCGAAACAUGAAGCAAAUUUGCGAAAAGUGCGAGAAGGGGCCAGUGUCAUGGACUGUACGCUCAAAGUCAAGUGGAAAAAGAAGUAUGCGGAUUUUACCAAAGAAGAUUUGGAGAUGGUUUUUGGAAAGUACGGAAAAGUAGAGUCUGUUAUAAUGUCCAGUAAGGGAAAGGGAACGGCCAUGGUCAUUUUUGACUCUUUACUGGAUGCGAGGUCCGUCAUGAAGGAUCAAGCAUCUCCAAAUUUCCGCAAUCUUCAGGUAGUUUGGGCCGCUGGUGAGGAGCCAUCCAUUCUUAAGAGUCUAGAUUUGGAUCCGCCAUCUGAGAAGGGCACAACACAAACGGGCACCACAUCCGAAGAAACCAAAUCAGCUGGAUCUGAAUUUGGAUUCGGAUUUACUGGAUUUGCAGCUGGUGAUGCAGAUGAUGAUUAUGAAACGAUUACCCUUCUCAAAAUGCAGCAAGCUGCAAAGACGGCUAGCACAUGAUUGGGCAUACUCGAAAUGUCUUUUGCUUUCAUCCCUGUGCAAAGAUGGAAUGCCUCGACAACGAUAUGCAAAUCGAAUCCCUGUUCACGCGUCAUCACGCGUGAUCGGGCUAGAAUCCAUUUGCAGAUAUCAUCUAUUCACACGCACUCCAUGAAGGUAGUUCACAUGGUUCCUCGAGGACCAAACUUAUCCAAGGCCCGUACACCCUGUUCCUGCCACUCUUGCUUCGAUACCCAGAACGCCUCUCUGUUCUGCAUAAUACCUGCCAACACGGCACCACCCAAGAAAACGGCGUGUUUACGAUUCGGUGGGUCUGCGACCUUUAUCUUGAAUUUCUGUUACGACAAAAACGGUUAUCAUGGGUUGCGAAAAUUGUGCUAGUUGAACGCAACAGAAACUUACACUCAACCGGGAUGUGUCUCCCUUCAAGACUCGCUCCAAGUAUAGCUGCUUUAGCUCCUUUUCCAUGCGACUGGGAAGACCAGGGUACAUAGAGGUUCCGCCAGAUAGUACAAUUUGCUUGAAGAGUUCAGGGCGGAUAUCAAUGUCAGCUGAUUGGAUAGUGUUGAAUAGGAGCUCUGUAUCACAAUCAAUAAUGCAAUUAAUGCAGUGCCU